UCAAUACCAACAAAUUAGUGUCUUUUUUGUUUUGGUAUUUUGCUCCUCACAUGCUUCGGAGCAGGAAAAAAAAGUUCCUCUUUUUAGUUAUCGUCGUCACUGUCGUUCGUUAAAGUAGGGUUUUUGUAAAGACCUCUCCUUUUUUUCUUUCAUUGAACUGCUACAGCGACAGUCAAGGUUUCGGAAAUGACCCACUAGAUAUUUCAGUAGCCAAGUCCACUGUGCUAAGUUGAUUUGGUUCAAGAUUGUUCCUUCUAUGAAGCACUGUGCAUUUUGAUUGGCUGGCAUUGUAGAAGAGUAGUCCUUCAAGGUUUUUUCUCGGAUUCACUUGGGUUAAACGUUUCUGCUGCAAAUACUGUGGCUCGGGUUAGAAAUUCAAGGGCAAGGAUGAAGCUAUUUAGGGUUUUGCUGCUAUCCAUGUUUUUCCUGUCCGCAAUGGGGCAACUUCCUUCACAGGACAUUUUGGCAUUGCUUGAGUUCAAGAAAGGGAUCAAACAUGACCCUACAGGUUAUGUUCUCAAUUCAUGGAAUGAGGAGUCCAUCGAUUUCAAUGGUUGCCCCUCCUCGUGGAAUGGCAUUGUCUGCAAUGGUGGUAAUGUGGCUGGUGUUGUCUUGGACAACUUAGGUCUGUCUGCUGAUGCCGACCUCAGCUUGUUUUCGAACCUGACCUUGCUCGUCAAACUUUCUUUGGCAAACAACUCCAUUUCGGGAGUCUUACCAGAUAAUCUAGGUGAUUUCAAAAGCCUCCAGUUUCUGGAUUUGUCUGAUAACCUGUUCUCCUCAUUGUUACCGAGUGGGAUUGGUAAAUCAACCAGCUUGAGGAAUCUUUCGUUAGCAGGAAACAACUUUUCUGGUGAGAUUCCCGAAUCCAUUAGCGGGUUGAUUUCACUUCAGUCAUUGGAUUUGAGCCAAAACUCCUUAUCUGGGUCUUUGCCUAAGUCCUUGACAAGGCUGAAUAGUCUGCUCUACCUGAACCUGUCUUCUAACGGAUUCAUGGGGAAAAUUCCAAGGGGCUUUGAGCUAAUUUCAAGUCUUCAAAUACUUGAUUUGCAUGGAAACUCAAUUGAUGGCAAUCUUGAUGGAGGUUUUUUCAUGAUCACAAAUGCAAGUUACAUAGACUUUAGUGGAAACAAACUUGUGACAUCUGGGAAACUAUUACCGGGCCUUUCUGAGAGUAUCAGGCACUUAAAUCUCAGCCACAAUCAGCUUCAAGGUUCAUUGACCAGUGGAGGGCUUCAGUUGUUUGAAAACUUAAAAGUCUUGGAUCUUAGCUACAAUCAGUUAUCUGGAGAGUUACCGGGUUUCAGUUUUGUGUACAAUCUUCAGGUGCUCAAGCUUAGCAAUAACAGAUUUUUGGGCUCUGUUCCCAAUAACUUGUUGAAAGGUGAUCCUUUGCUUUUAACCGAGCUGGACUUGAGUGGCAACAAUCUUUCAGGGCCUGUAAGUGCAAUCUUGUCAACAACUCUUCACUCCCUUAAUCUUUCUUCGAAUUUACUUACUGGAGAGCUUCCUCUCUUGACUGGGAGCUGUGUUAUUCUCGAUCUCUCAAACAACCAGUUCGAAGGAAAUCUAACAAGGUGGGCGAAAUGGGAAAACAUCGAGUAUCUUGAUCUCAGCCGGAAUCGUUUUGCGGGCUCAAUCCCGGACAUAACUCCCCAGCUUUUGCGUGCAAAUCAUCUCAAUCUCUCUUACAAUAAACUCACAGGCUCACUUCCAAAAACUAUUCCUUCCCAUUAUCCGAAACUUAGGGUUCUUGACGCAAGUUCUAACAGCUUAGAUGGUUCACUCCCAAGUGAGUUACUGUCCAUGCCCACUCUGGAAGAACUCCACCUUCAAAACAAUGUCCUGACAGGUGCUGUUCAGCUUCCACCUGCUUCUUCUGUUUCCAGAAUCCGUCUUCUUGAUCUUUCCCAUAACCGGUUCAGUGAUGAGUUUCCUGGUGAGUUUGGAUCAUUAACGGACCUUCAGGUGUUGAAUGUCGCAGCAAAUAAUUUGUCUAGUUCGUUGCCGACUUCCAUGAAUGACAUGGUCUCUCUGAGCUCAUUGGAUAUAUCUCAGAAUCAUUUCACAGGGCCUCUCCCAAGCAACUUAUCAAGCAGCCUCGUGGCCUUCAAUGCGUCUUACAAUGAUUUGUCAGGCGUUGUCCCAGAAAAUCUGAGGAAGUUCCCUCCGUCUUCAUUUCAUCCUGGGAACAGCAAACUGGUUCUGCCUUCCGUAUCUCCUGGAUCAAAUGCCUCUGAAGGUUCCAAGAGGAAACAUAUGGAUAACCUCGUUAAAAUUGUUAUAAUUGUUUCAUGUGUUGUUGCUAUAAUUAUUCUCAUACUCUUCGCUGUUGUCCUGAUUUGCAUCUGCAAAUCUAGAAGAGAUCAGGAACAUGGUGUUACCGGUAAAGAAAUUCAUAGGAGGGCUCAAACUAAUCCCUCAGUCAUGGCUGGAGCAGGCAGUGGAGGCGGUAUGGUAGUUUCUGCUGAAGAUCUUGUUGCUUCAAGAAAAGGUCCUUCAUCCGAAAUUCUCAGUCCAGAUGAAAAGCUAGCCACUAUAACCGGCUUCUCUCCUUCCAAGACCAGCAACCCAUCUUGGUCACCUGGCUCAGGAGAUUCAUUUGCCGCUGAACAACAACUAGCACGGCUCGAUGUUAGGUCGCCUGAUAGGCUUGUGGGUGAGUUGCAUUUUCUCGAUGAUUCGAUCAGACUGACUCCCGAGGAGCUGUCUAGGGCCCCGGCUGAAGUACUGGGAAGAAGUAGCCACGGGACUUCUUACAGGGCAACUCUCGAUAACGGGAUAUUCUUGACGGUGAAAUGGCUAAGAGAAGGCGUGGCAAAGCAGAGGAAGGAGUUUGCCAAGGAGGUGAAGAAGUUUGCUAACAUUAGGCAUCCGAAUGUUGUAACACUGCGAGGUUACUACUGGGGUCCUACUCAACACGAGAAGCUUAUUCUUUCCGAUUAUAUUUCUCCUGGAAGUCUUGCCAGCUUCCUUUAUGAUCGGCCUGGCAGGAAAGGCCCUCCGUUGAACUGGACUCAGCGUCUGAAAAUAGCAGUCGAUGUGGCUCGCGGCCUUAACUACCUCCAUUUCGACCGAGCUGUUCCUCACGGCAACCUCAAAGCAACAAACAUUCUCCUAGAUGGUCCGGAGCUAAACGCGCGUGUGGCUGACUACUGUCUCCACCGUCUCAUGACCCCAGCUGGUACCGUCGAACAGAUUCUCGAUGCGGGUAUCCUCGGUUAUCGGGCCCCCGAGCUAGCUGCCUCGAGAAAACCGAUACCCUCUUUCAAGUCAGAUGUAUAUGCAUUCGGGGUGAUACUUUUAGAAAUCUUGACCGGGAGAUGUGCGGGAGAUGUGAUCACCGGGGAACAAGAAGGGGUCGAUCUGACCGACUGGGUGAGGCUGCGUGUUGCGGAGGGACGUGGGACCGAGUGCUUUGACUCGGCACUGAGCCAAGAGAUGGGCAGUAACCCGGGAGUGGAGAAGGGCAUGAAGGAGGUUAUUGGGAUUGCCCUGAGGUGCAUAAGAUCUGUUUCUGAGAGACCAGGUAUUAAGACCAUCUACGAAGAUCUUUCUUCCGUUUAGACAUUGUUCCUGUUUCUUUUCUUUCUCUGUGAUGUUCUUGUAGGGUUCAAGAUUUGGUUUCUUGUUUUUUUUUCCCUUGUUCCAUUGUCAAGUACAUGCUUCGAUUUCGGCAAGACAUGUGCUUGGCUCAGGCAGUUCCAACCUUUUGUAUGUAAAAAAAAAAAAAAAAAACUGAACCUGCUCCUGCGUGAACGGAAGAAAUCGUUUGCUUAAUCUAA